AUGGAGGAAGACAUGGUGGAGGAUACUGAGAAUGCGACGGCGGUGGAGGAGGAGGAGGAGGAGGUGGAUUACAGUUUCACUGUGUACGAAAUUGACCUCGACUACGAGUUCGACGCGGCUCGCUUCUUUGAUUUUAGCCGGGACGAGUCGCCUCUGGAGGCGCGCCGGGCGGAGCUCUGGUUCGAAUCCGCCGGAAGUUACCCCCCUUCGAACCUUAUGGAGAUGUUAGUCCCAAGAGAGGAUUUAUUCAUGGAAGCCAUGAACCUGUCUAAGAGUGACACGGAUGUCGAGACAGAUCAUGAAAUUUCUGCUACGGAGCUGAAUUAUCGAGAUUGCUACAACACAGAUGAGGUUUCUUUGGUGCACACAGGACCAAAAAUGAACACUUCGGAAGCUAUUUGUGCUGGAGAUUCUCAUGGUAAUAUUGCUCUGACUUCCACAAUGGUCGGUUUUGCGUACGUGAACACGUCUUUCUGGAUGUGGCCAAACCCUGUGAUUGGGGUUAUUCCUGGUUCCUGGGGUAACUCUGAGAACGACAAGAAAAGGGGACAUCCACCUCACAUAUUCAUAGCCAGCAAAAGUUUCAGAAUCAAUCCCAAAAGUUGCGCUCAGUAUGGGAUUCUGAGUUUUAUAGGGUUGGCCUUUUACAAUUCUACAGUGAAGACUGAAAACCCAGAAAGCCAAAUCAAGAUUUCCAAGAAACAUGCUUUGCCAAAGAGUUCAACUCUUAUGAAACCAACAGCAAGUCAGCUAGCCAAGCAAAAUCGUCCUUUCCAAGCUAUUAAUUCCAGGUUACAUGUGGCUGCGUUGGAUAGAACCUCUAAAAAUUGUGCUAAUACUUGUGUGGUUGAGAAUCAAGCUGCAAAAAGACAAAAGCUUGAGGGUGGUCUCCUGCGGAAGGUUAUGGGUACAGCACAGCUGCAACAGACUAAUUUUGUUCACAAGGCAUCCAAGAGGGAUGAACUCCUUCAUGGUAACAUAACUCACACUAAGCCAAGGAUCACUGUUCCAAGAGACCCAGAUCUUGAAACCACACACAGGGCACAAAGGACAAGGGAGAAAAGUAAUGUAGAUGAAAAUGUGACAACAACGUUUCGCAGAUUUAAAGCUCUACCACUGAACAGAAAAAUUCUUGAAGCACCUUCAUUGCUUCCGAAGAGAAGCACUCCUCGUUUACCAGAUUUUCAAGAGUUUCACUUAAAGACAUCAGAGAGGGCUCUGCAACAUAGCUCAGGAAUUUUGAAGUCCACAGCUCCUUCGCAUAAUUCUAACAAGGACUUAAACAAAUUCACGACUAACUUAACUACAGAUUAUGGAAGCAGAGAUCCUGGAAGGCCAAGCAUGGUUUGUAGUAAUGCUUCAAAUCCAGAUGGCUGCCAGUCAUCUCGAAGCUUCAAAGCUCUUCCCCUCAAUAAGAAGAUAUUAUCGAGCAAAGGAGACAUUGGAAUUUUCCGGAACUGGAAAAAGGAAUCCACGGUGCCAAUGGAAUUCAAUUUCCAAACUGACAAGAGAUUUCAUAAUAAUCCUCCAAUCGAGCUAUUCAACAAGCUCUCUUUGGCGUGUGAAUCACAACCUGGACCCAAGGCACCAUGGUCCAUGAGUACACCAGCAAAGGGGCCAAAAGAGAAUAGCUGGGGCAGCUUCCAGCAAGGAAAUCAGAUAAAAAAACCUGCAAAACAGAAACUACCUUUGUUUGGAGCAACGCAGAAACUCAACACGGAUGAUGAAAAAAUUGAAGUCAGCUUUGCUAACUGGAGCAAGCCCAUACGGUAAAGUUUACGAUGAAGGUGUCAAUGAUUUAUUGAUGAAUACGAUAAAAGGAUCUUCAACAUUUUGCCAUUUUGUCGAGGCUGGCAAAUGAUGGCGCAGGGAAUCGACAAAGUACAUAAAAAGCUGCUCAAAAUUACGGUUUUUGGGAUAUCUGGGGAAUCUUGAAUCCCUCGAGUUUAUAAUCAUAGAAGUCAUUAUGACUAGCAGUGAAUGCCGAAUGCAAAUUGUUUGUCAAAGGUGUGGUGCAUCCCUAGAUUCGGAAUGCAAGUUACAUGUAUGUUAUGUUCAUCAAUAAAUAAUUGUAUGUUAAACUGUAUAGCAAGGACUCCAUUUCCUGUACGAAACUCAUCAUGCUUGGAAAGGGAAUUUUUUCUGCUCUAUUUUGGUGGCGUAAAGUUGGUCGUUUGUGUAAAAUCCAAAAUAUUAUAAUUGAUGCCAGCUCUGUGCGCUGAUGUGCAUCAAAGAGUUUCUUUACGGAAAAAGGUGGUAACACAACUUGCCUUCUGUUAAGGCUCGUCUUAAAUCCAG